AUGUCAGAUACAACCAUCAGAACAGGGUUCAAUUGGAGCUUUAGUGGGUCUACACAGCAACUGUCGGCUGAUGGAGAACCGUCCAAUGGACUCGGACUCGGCACAAUACGCGAGGUAUCGAGAGAAACAUCUGGAACCAAUCUUACCGCCACCAAUAAUUUAACCCGAAGAACAUCCACAUGGUGGAAUUGGAAUGAACAAGAGGAAUACCAUGAGAGCACACAACAACAAGAUCAUGAACAAUUGCAGCCACUGUCUAUGGAUUCAGAAACUGAUGGAAGUUUUUGGACUCCAACUUAUCGAAGAAUGAGUUCAGUAGUAAGUUAUGUAUAUCGUACAGAACUGGUACUGGAACCAGUUAUAACCGAGGGCAAUGUCCAGCCACUGGAGGGACCAAUUUCUGCCAAGGAAGAGAAUAAUAGUGGCUCAAACGAAGUUACUUGGUAUACAUGGAUAUGGAAUGGAUUUGGAACUUCACAAAAUGAUACUGAACCUCCCAAUGCACAUGAAGAAUUGCUUAGAUCUGCCAAGGCAGCAAUUGAAGCAAAUAAGGAUUCCUUACAUUAUGCAUUCAAAAAUAAUCGUACCCAUCAUAAUUCCGCUUAUGGAGAAUUAGCAGUAGCUUCUACCAAGACUGAAGAACAUCCAGUAAGGUAUAAGUAUAAGAAGGUUCCAUUACUUCCAAAUCAAAUUCAGGAGAGUAAUUUAACCGCUACAACCAAUAAUAGUACAACAACCAUUGCGGCUAAUACGGGGAGUACACUUAAUUCUACUGUAGCUCCUACAGCCAAUACAAGUACUAACCCCACAACCACAUCUAUUACUACCCAGUCUUCACCUCAAUUGGUUCAACUGAAAUCAUUCAAACUGCCAUCUCCAAUCCCACCCAAUAUACCAAAAGUAUCCUCAUCAGCAUCAUCAAUAAAAUCUCAACGAUCAAUUCUAUCCACAUAUAGAAAUAAUCUUGUUACUCCUGAUAUAGAUGAAAAUUUCCGACCUAUUACAUUGAAAACAAAAUUAAGAUUAAUUGGAGAACAUUUAUUAUUUCAAGAUGAAACAUCAGAAGCUCAUUUAUAUAAACAUAAUAUGGAGAACAUAUCAUUGAAGAAGACUAAACGAAUUAAAAAAAUCGUAAUUAUUGGAGUACAUGGAUUUUUCCCAUUCAAAAUGGUUAAAACAUUGAUUGGUGAACCUACUGGUAGUUCUAUGAGAUUCACUAAUGAGGCAACCAAGGCCAUAUACAAAUGGUUAGAAACCAAUGAAGAAGUUCAUAAAGAAUUGGGAGAAGUAGGUGAAGAAGAAGAAAUUGAUAUUGAAACAAUUUCAUUAGAAGGGAAAGGGAAAAUUGAAAAUAGAGUGGAAAAUUUAUAUAAAUUACUUUUAAAUUGGAUUGAAGUGAUCAAUAAUUGUGAUUUUUUAUUUAUGAUUGGUCAUUCACAAGGAUCUGCAGUUGCUAUUCAUUUAUUGGCCAAACUUAUUGAAAAUCAUCAUGUUAAAACGAUUCAAAAAAUUGGAUUACUUAGUAUGUCUGGGAUAUUACAAGGACCAUUCCCAGGAUUAGAUUCUAAAAUUGUUAUUAGAGCUUAUUCAUCAACAGAAAAUGAAAUUUUGAAUGAAUUAUUUGAAUUUCUGAAAUCAAAUAGUUAUCAAAGUAUUAAAUUAGCUCAAAGUAUUCAAAUUCUUGUGGAAAAUAAUGUGAAAAUAACUUUAACUGGAUCUAUUAAUGAUCAAUUAAUCCCCAUGUAUUCAUCUCUUGGAUUGAAUAUAAAUCAUCCAAAUAUCUUCAGAUGUAUUAAUGUGAAUGAAAAUUGUGAAUAUCCUAAUUUUGUGGUGGUUUUAUUGAAAAUUUUACUUUUAUUAAUCAAUUUAGGACAUGGAGAUCAUGGACUUUUUGGAGAAUUAAGUAAAAUUUGUAUGGGUACUGUUUCAAAAGGUGGACAUAGUAGAAUCUAUUCAAAUAAUGAUAUCUACCUUAUUUCAAUUAAACAUGCGUUGGAAACUACAAAUUUACAUCAUUCUCAACCACUUUAUGGGUAUAAUAGACGGAAAUUGAGUAAUGAGAUCUCAUUGGAUGGAACUGCUGGUACAGUUCCUCCUCCUCCUACAGAUAAUACUAGUAAUCUCUACAAUAUUCCAUUUUAUGUCCAUGAAUUAAUUCAAGAUUUGAUCCAUACCAAACAUCUUUCAAACAUAAAACUUGUACAAGAGCUCUUGUAUGAAUAUAAGAAUUGGGAACCUACACAGAAACAUUGGAAAGAUUUAAAAUAUUGUCUCGAAGCAUUAAAUGAAUUUGAUAUUGAAGAAUUCUUUUAG